AUGCCACCAAAAGCAUCUGGAAAAGCAGUGAAGAAGGCUGGUGUGGCCGCGAAAAACAUUAUCAAAGGCGAGAAGAAGAAACACAAGAAAAGGAAGGAAAGUUACGCUAUUUACAUCUACAAGGUGCUGAAGCAAGUUCAUCCUGAUACGGGUGUGUCGUCCAAGGCCAUGAGCAUCAUGAACAGUUUUGUCAACGACAUCUUCGAGCGCAUUGCCUCUGAAGCAUCUCGCCUUGCUCAUUAUAACAAGAGGUCAACUAUUACAUCCCGGGAAGUUCAGACUGCCGUGAGACUAUUGCUUCCUGGCGAACUCGCCAAGCACGCCGUCUCCGAAGGGACUAAAGCCGUCACGAAGUACACUAGCUCCAAGUAA